CUCCCGCUCCCUUCCUCUCUCUCGCUCUCGGGCUGCGAUGGAGAGGAGUCCGGUUCUCUCGGGCUGGCGCCUCUGACAGGAGCUCGGCCAGCGCACACCGGCAGGAUCCCGGGGGGGGCCGGGGGUGGGGGCGCCCCCCGAAGCUAAGGAGGCUGAUGGAGGCGUCGGCGAGGGCUGGGGAGCCAGCGACCAACGAGUCGCUGCCCCCACCCACCCUGAGCCCGGCCGUGCCCCCCUACGUGAAGCUGGGCCUCACCGUGGCCUACACCGUCUUUUACUCGCUGCUGUUUGCCUUCAUCUACGUGCAGCUCUGGCUGGUGCUGCGAUACCGGCACAAGCGCUUCAGCUACCAGACGGUGUUUCUCUUCCUCUGCCUGCUGUGGGCUGCCCUGCGCGCUGUGCUCUUCUCCUUCUACUUCAGGAGCUUCGUGACAGCCAACGCUCUGGGACCCUUCGCAUUCUGGCUGCUCUACUGCUGCCCCGUUUGCCUGCAGUUCUUCACCCUCAGCCUGAUGAACCUCUAUUUUGCUCAGGUUGUUUUUAAAGCAAAGUCUAAGUAUUCACCAGAACUCCUCAAGUACAGGUUCCCCCUGUACUUGUUUUUCUUCGGCAUCAGUCUGGUGUUCCUGGUGGUGAACCUUACGUGCGCCCUGCUGGUGAAGAUGACCAGCACGGAGGUGAAGACCAUCGUGUUGGUGCGGGUGGCCAUCAACGACAGCCUCUUCGUGCUUUGUGCCAUCUCUCUCUCCCUGUGCCUCUACAAAAUUGCCAAGAUGUCCUUGGCUAACAUCUACUUGGAGUCUAAGGGGACGUCAGUGUGCCAGGUGACAGUCAUCGGGGUCACGGUCAUUCUGCUGUACGCAUCACGAGCCUGCUACAACCUGGUGGUCCUGGCUCUCACCAACAUCAAAACCAUCAACUCCUUUGAUUAUGAUUGGUACAACGUGUCCGACCAGGCCGACCUGCAGUCCAGCCUGGGAGAUGCGGGCUACAUCGUAUUUGGGGUCGUCCUCUUCGUGUGGGAGCUCCUGCCCACCUCCCUGGUCGUCUUCUUCUUCCGAGUGCGCAGGCCGGCACAGGACAGGACUGGCUCUGGCCUCCCUGGACACGUCUUCUCCAGGGGUUACUUCUUCGACAACCCCCGGCGCUACGACAGUGAUGACGACUUGGCGUGGAGCAUCAUCCCCCAGGGAGUUCAGGCCGGCUUGGCCACCGACUGCUACGACUGGGGCAGCCAGAGCAGCGGCUUUGUUGCCUAUAUCGGAGCAGAGGACCCCCACCUGAGCACGGCUUCAGGGGAGCUGCAUCCUUACUGAUGCCUCCCCAUGUCCUCUGGAUAUCUCCACCAGCACUCCCAGAUCAUAAGCUCGGCAUACAGGCACUGUAGACCCAAAACCGCAGCCUUAUGUAUUCAUACUUUCGUGUUGUUUCUUGCAACGGUAUGCUGUUGGUGUACUCGAGUCUGACAAUGCGCUGGAUCGAAUCUGCUGCAAGUUAGCUGUAGGCUGUUGGUGGGGAUGGUGAGAACAUUCCCAGAGAUGUCAUCUCUGAGCAUGUGGGGGUGCUCUCACCAUCCUGCGGAAACUCUCAUGGCUGGACAGGUUACACUCAAAGCUCGCUUGGGAUUCCUGUAAUUAGAGAGACAGGAAAAAGGCUCCAGUCCCAUGAAAGAUGUACUGGCACAGUGACUCAGAGAGCACAAGCAACGUCAAAAACGCCGUUACAGUUAUUGGUAAAUCAGAAGGUAGUCAACUGUCUUAAGGGAGACACCACACCCACCCUGAGUAGACCAGCUGCCAGAUUAAAGCAUCUGCAUCAUCUUCUUAAGUCGCUUCAAUAAAUACCCUAGCUGUAUAAAUGGGUUAAGUAUAAGCUACGUUAGUUAUCCUGAUUAAUACGUCUGUUAAUCAUUUAAUCGUGCGACACGUUUUAAGCUGCGCUCUGACGUAAAGGCAUUUGAUUCAGUCGAGAUGGCUCACAGUGGCGUCCUGACACCCCACAUCUGGUUACUUUUCAAGUAUCAAAAUGAGCUGCGCUAAAAUGACGAUGGUAAAAAAAACUUUGGAAAACUUUUAUAAAAUUAAGCCACGGGUUAGUUUUGUACAAAAAUUACCCUUUGAUAAAUGUUGCAGGGUUGAACAUAUUUUGUUUUUCAGAGAAAGAUUCUUAAAUAACUUUGAUAAUACAGAUGUUUCCACACACACACAUGCAGAUGUUAUGUUGUGGGAAAACAUGCAGUUGGAAGUAGCAUUGAUACAGCAUGCUAGCUCUUAAGCUGGUCGGUUUCCAUGGAGAAGUCAGUCUGGGAAAAGGGGUGGAUUUGGACGGAGGGGUUUUGCAACUUGUUGUAAUACGCUGUAAUAGAGGCUCCAGACAUUCCUCAGAGUGCAACCAAGGGGGGGGGGGGGGGGGGGUGGUUGUGCAACUGUUACCCUCCUACUGCCCUGCACCCCAACGGGGGGGAUAUGUACAGUCAAGAUACUGCGUGCACUCAUGGAAACAAGCUCGUCAUGACUUUAAGGACUUGUCAUUCUCAGUUGUUUUGCACAAUAAGUUCUUACUUAAUUUCAUCACUUGAAGCAUUCCUCUAACAUACAUUUCAAUGUCAUUUUUUUCCUUUGAAUGUUUAUCGUUGUGGUAAUUAUAAUUAAAUUUCCUUUUCAGCCAGGCACAAUUGUAAUUAAAGUAUGGGGAUGAAAGGGUUACUAACAAUUUAUGAUGCUGUUCCGUUGACUAUGGUGAUUGAGUUAUGAAAAGGUCCAUUGUGUUUUUUCUAAGGAGGUAAAAAAAAAAAUAAAAAUCAGGAAGUGUCACAUUUUCACUUCAGCUUUUUGUAUCUCGCAUCUUGGUGCAUUAUUGACGAGAAUCAUCAAUAAAACCCACUUUGCAGGAAA